AACCUAUCCUCACCUUUGUAUUCAGCCUUCUGUCACUUUUCAUCAGCCAUGUGCAACCUUCAUACUGAGGGGACCAAAUACGGAUGCGGUCACUAUGUUAUUACCAGAAAAGUCUCUAAAAUUGACUGCAACAAUCCAUAUUGCGCCCUCUCGCGAGCGCAUCGUAAUCCCUGUCAUGGCUGCAUGCACGAUCAUUAUUACGGCCCGGAUGCUUCUGAAACGAUAACCGCUAGGACGAGCGAGUUCUGCGAUGAAUGUCAUGCUUAUUGGAAAGUCGGAGCUGGUCGUGGUCGCGGACGGUAACAUCGUCAUUCGCAUCACAUCACGAAUUCCGUCUGUACUUCUACACCAUCGCAUCGUCGUCUUUUUAUUUGCUGUGUUGAACUCGCUCUUGCUUAUUGCUGCUUUUGACACAUCUGAUGCUCUUCUCCACAUGCUAGCUCAUGUUUGAAUCCAAUAAUAGAGUAUAAAAUCCAUG